AUGGUGGAAAAAGUCUACGUCACCUACAAUGAGAUCCACAAGCUAUGCCAAACUUCGGCAUCCAAGAUCCUCAAUGAUUACCAACCCAACCUCAUGAUCGCUAUUGGAGGAGGUGGAUUUGUCCCUGCUCGCAUUUUGAGGUCAUUCCUGAAACGCCCUGGUGCUCCCAACAUCCCAAUCCAAGCCAUUGGACUGUCUCUGUAUGAGCAACUCACCGGUUCGGAUCCUGUCGAAGCGCCUGGGACAAAAGUCACGCGUACACAAUGGCUCGAUUUGUCUUCACUUGAGAUGUCAAAUCUCAUCGGAAAGAACGUCUUGAUCGUUGAUGAAGUCGACGACACUCGUACCACUCUCGAGUAUGCCGUCAGGGAGUUGGAAAAGGAUGUGGAAGCCGCCAGACAACAGCAAGGGAGAGCCGAAAAGACAAAAUUCUCCAUUUUCGUGCUGCACAACAAACACAAAGACAAGAAGGGUCAUCUUCCAGAGGACAUGGUCAAUGAGAAUCGAUAUUUUGCGGCAAUCACUGUGCCUGAUGUUUGGAUUUGCUAUCCCUGGGAAGCAACCGACAUUGAUGAACAUGACAAGCUCGCCGCCGAGCAUGGCGUCAAGGAGAGUCACUAA